CACAAAGCACAUUUCACACCACUAAGAACACCGGUGAACAUAUUUGGGUGGUUAACUUUAAUAACUACCCCGAGUGCUCUAAGAUCAUCUUACCUGGUAUGAUCGAGCUCGAUUCUGUUCCAGGAUGCGCCCUCAUGGAGUAAUUUGUUUACUUUUCUUGUUUUUUCCAGGCAUCCUUUCACAGGUGACCUCCAAAAACACCUUUUACCUGUUGGCUGUCACAUCCCAGACUGUAGGGGGCACAACAGAGACACUAUGUGUCACAGUCAAACCUUUUGGACCUGUUUCAAUGGUGGUGACCCUGGAGCAUAACCAAAAGAGUGUCCCUCUUCUGAAGGAAACUUUUAUAAGAAAAGAUUAUUACCGCUGUGUCCAGUUCCAGGUUCCUGUCGUACGCAUGGAAUCAAUAGCAUCUAUCAAGAUUCAGAUUAAAGGGUUCAAAACAAACCUGAACAAGGCAACGAAGAUUCUCAUCACACCUCCAGAACAUCUGACCUUCAUUCAGACGGACAAACCCAUCUAUAAACCAGGACAAACAGUGAAGUUCCGCAUCGUCUCCCUGGACACCAGUUUCCUCACCUACAAUCAGAAGUUUCCUACAAUAGAAGUGCAGGACCCGAACUCAAACCGCAUUGGUCAGUGGCUGAAUGUCUCCACGUCCAGCGGUCUGGUGGAUCUGUCAUAUCCCAUUAACUCUGAGGCCACAAAAGGAUUUUAUUUCAUAACUGCGUGGGACGAGAAAAACAGAGCCAUCACGCAAACCUUCGAAGUCAAGGACUACGUUCUGCCAACAUUUGAAGUGACGGUCCAGCUUCCUCCAGUCAUAACCAUCUUGGACACAUAUGCCACGCUGAAAGUUUGUGCAAAAUAUACAUACGGAAAGCCGGUGAAUGGGACGGUGAAGGCCACCGUCUGCCAUAACAGUUACAGAUACUGGUGGCGCCCAUAUGGGAUCUCAGUAAUACCAGACAUCUGUAGGAAAUAUAAAGUGAAGACUGACAAGACGGGCUGUGGAACACGCGUCUUAAAUCUGAAAGAAUUCGCAUUGACCGAUUCACGCUACGAAGGUUUAAUCACGGCUCAGUGUGAAGUGGAAGAAGAAGGAACUGGUGUGAUCCUGACUGGUUCACGCAGCACUCCUAUCACAACUAAUAUGGUCACACUUUCAUUUGAGGAUUCUCCAGCAAUGUUUAGGCUGGGAAUGGUAUAUGAGGGACAGGUUAAAGUGACCAGCCCAAAAUCCAGUCCUUUAAGAAGGAAAGUGGUGUAUCUGACUGUAAGGUACGCUAAUAAAAAUUCAGUCCAGAAGCUGCUAACCGAUGAUAAAGGGAGCGCUCUCUUUUCCCUUGACACUGAAUCAUGGGGUCCAGAGCCGGUCACUUUAGAGGCCCAGUAUGAAAAGACUAACAGAAAGGUUGUGUAUGGGGAAAAUCAGCUCACACCAUACUACCCCACAGCCUACCUCUGGCUUCAGCCUUUCUACUCCAAAAGUCGUAGUUUUAUUAAAUUGAAAAGCAGCUCAGUGCCUUUCAGCUGCCACAAAAAUGCUGUUAUCAAAGCUCAGUACCUGAUACACCAAAACAUACUCCCAUUCCAGAAGAAGACCUUAUCCUUCUUCUACAUGGUGAUGAAUAAAGGACAUUUAGUUCAACAAGGAAGUAUUGUAGAAGCCGUCAGCCCUGGAAAAGUGCACAAGGGCAACCUGGUGGUGACUCUGCAGAAGAUGCUAAAGGUGUCUCCAGUUGCUCAGGUCGUCCUGUACACCAUCCUUUCCAGUGGUGAGGUUGUGGCAGACAGCAUGAACUACCCCAUUCAGCUGUGUUUAGCAAACAAGGUGUCUCUACAGUUUUCACCUUCUACGGAGCUUCCUGGUGACCAGGCGUCACUGAAGCUGAAAGCUGCUCCAGGUUCCCUGUGUUCAGUGAAGGCCAUAGAUCAGAGUCUGCUGCUGCUGCAACCAGAGAAGGAGCUCAACAUCCAAUCUGUGUUCAACAUGCUGCCUGUACAAACGUUAUCAGGAUAUCCAUACAACAUCAAUGAAGAUAAUACGAACCCAUGCUGGAGGAGACCACCCAUCGGGAUUAUCCCAUUUGCAGUUAAAGCACGAAAAUUGAUUGGCUACUUUCCAGACUCUGGAAAGGUGGAUGUGUACAACACCUUUAAAGAUAUUGGAAUCAAGAUCAUCACCAAUGCAAAAACAAGGAAACCUUCAGAAUGUAUUAAUUAUUUCACUUCUACGUCUGCUCCAACUUUAGCCCCAUUCACAUUUGCUGCAACCAUGGAGGCGAAACUUCUCCUCGCCCGAGACCCCGUUUCAGUUCCCACAAGCUCAGCUGACUCAAACCAACCAGUUAUUACCAUCCGCAAAUAUUUCCCAGAGACAUGGAUCUGGGAUCUCGUUCCAGUCAGUCAGUCUGGAGUGACAGCCCUUAAUAAAACAGUCCCAGACUCCAUCACUACAUGGCAGGCUGAUGCGUUUUGUACAUCACCUGUCGGGUUCGGAGUCGCCCCGAAAACCGAGCUUAUUGCCUUCCAGCCUUUCUUUGUGAGUCUCACCAUGCCCAGCUCCGUCAUCCGAGGAGAAGUGUUCACACUCAAAGCCACCGUCUUCAACUACCUACAGAGCUGCAUGAUGGUGGAGGUGACUUUGGGCGAUUCGCUGCAGUUCUCAGCACAACGGUGUAAAGACUGCAGUUACACACAAUGUCUGUGUGCUGAUGAGAGCUGGACCUUCUCCUGGACCAUCGCUCCACUGGUUCUGGGUGAGGUGAGCUUUAAUGUGACAGCGGAGGCCGUGCAGUCGUCGACUCUGUGUGGGAAGAAUGUAGUUACUGUACCUGAGAAAGGACGAAUCGAUUCAGUCAUUAAAACACUGACAGUGCUGGCUGAAGGAACCAAACAGUAUAAAAGCUACAAUGAGCUUCUCUGCCCAUCAGAAGGUGCCGUUGAGAAGACAGUGUCACUAACCCUGCCUGAGGUGUUCGUGGAAGGUUCAGCCAUAGCCUCAGUCUCUGUGCUGGGAGAUCUGAUGGGUCGAGCUCUACAGAACCUGGCGAGUCUCCUGGCGAUGCCGUACGGCUGUGGAGAGCAGAACAUGCUGCGAUUCGCACCAAACAUCUUCAUCCUGCAGUACCUGGAGAGCACCAAUCAGCUCACACCCCAGAUCAGGAGUACAGCUGAGACCUACCUCAUAACUGGAUAUCAGAGAGAGCUGACCUACAAACAUUUUGAUGGAUCUUACAGUGCUUUCGGGAUGAGUGAUCCAUCAGGAAACACUUGGCUGACGGCGUUCGUGAUGAAGUCUUUUGGAAGUGCAAUGAGAUACAUCUUUGUAGAUCAGGUGUUUGUGGAUCAGGCGAAGGCCUGGCUCGGUCAACAGCAGCAGGACAAUGGAUGCUUUGCCUCAGUGGGACAACUCUUCCAUCUUGACAUGAAGGGAGGAGUGAAUGAUGAGGUGACCCUCUCAGCGUACAUCACUGCUGCAAUGCUGGAACUCAACUAUACAGAUUCUGUGGUGAACAACGGUCUUACAUGCCUGAGGAAUGCGUACACUCAGGUGAACUCCACCUACGCCAAGGCUCUCCUCUUCUACACCUUCACCCUAGCUGGAGAUCAGGGGAUGAGGAACACACUCAUCUCAGAGCUGGAUGCAGAGGCCAUAAUCUCAGGUGGAAGGCACUGGAGCAGAGUGAGUGAUGGGUCAGUGACGGACUCUUUGGAGGUGGAGAUGACCUCAUAUGUUCUCCUGGCUCUGAUGUCUGGACCUGAGCUACCUGGGUUUGGUCUGGGUUACAGCUCCAGCAUCGUCCAAUGGCUUUCUCAGCAGCAGAACGCCUUCGGGGGCUUCGCUUCUACACAGGACACUGUGGUGGCUCUCCAGGCUUUGGCGAAAUACAGUCUCACCACCUACAGUCCAGCAGGAGUCGUAACCGUCACUAUAACAUCACCAUCCGGGCUGAUUAACACCUUCACCAUUAAUCAGAGUAACAGGCUGCUGUAUCAGGAGAGUGAUCUGCAGGAGGUUCCUGGAGUUUACAGCAUCAAGGCAGAAGGGAAAGGCUGUGUGUAUGUGCAGUUCAAUUUGCGCUACAACAUCCCUCCUCCUCCUGACCGCUCUUCAUUCACCAUCUCAGCCUCGGCGUCUGGGAACUGCAGAGUCCCAGUUCCUUCUCUGGAAGUGACCAUUACUGUCAUGUAUAACGGCAAUCGUCUGGAGACCAACAUGGUGGUCAUUGAAGUCAAGUGUCUUUCUGGAUUCAGGGUGGACACGUCGUCUGUGCGGCUUGUGAACGGCAAUUCAAAUUCGACUGACGGUGCUGUGAAACGUGUGGACCAGAUCGGUUGCAGCACAAUCAUCUACCUGAAUAGUCUGACACAUGGUCAUGAGAAGGUCUACACCCUGACGAUCGUCCAGGACCAUCCAGUGGAGAACCUGAAACCAGCUACUGUGAAGGUUUAUGACUAUUACGAGACCAGUGCGAAAGCAGUAACUCAGUACACCUCUCCAUGUCCAGUUCAGUGAGAGUUUGUCCAUGAUCUACAGCAAGACCCCAGCAAGAGCUUUUUCAUAUUUUAGUUAUUUUUAAGGGUAGAUUUUAGUUAUCAUCGUAUCAAAAACUUUCUAAAAGCUCCUUAACUAAUUAAUAGUGUGUUUAUUUUUUUUGUCUCUUCUCAAUAUGUUCAACUUCCGUAAUCAGGAUUUAUAGACUUAUUGAUGUAGUGUCACUCCACAAGACAGAUUUUAUGACUUUAUAUGAAAAACCAUAAAAAUUAACAUCAGCCCCAUUAAUAUAAUAAUAAUUACCCGGAGUGAUUGCACUAAUAAACUACUCUUGAUUCAUUUUACUAAUCAAAUAGCAGACCGUAAUUGUUGUGUAUUCUUUGUAAACCCAUUUAUUUUUCUGUAGGUACUGUAGUUAGCUUCUUUGUAUUUGUUGAUUUUCUCUAAAUGAUGGAGUUUUAACUACCUUGAAAUUUUACAAUUGAAAACUUUAUUCCUUUCAUUUCUCUAUGAUUUAUAUUUUUCACUAACGAAUUAAAUUUUUUUUUAA